GGAUUUGAGAUUUGAACAUCUUACGUGUCAUUCCCAGAGUUUCAAUCCUCCUUUAAGACUGUCAGGAGAUAAAACACACCGCUGCUGUGUCCGGUCACGUUAUUGAUGAGCUGUGGUUGCCCUGGUAACGGUUAAAAUCCACAGAAGCAAUGAAGGCUUUAAUAUUAGUGGGCGGGUAUGGGACCCGGCUGCGACCGCUCACCCUGAGCGUCCCGAAACCGCUGGUGGACUUCUGCAACAAACCCAUCCUGCUGCACCAGGUGGAGGCGCUGGUCAAGGCCGGAGUGGACCACGUGGUUCUGGCUGUGAGCUACAUGUCCGAGCUGCUGGAGAGAGAGAUGAGAAUUCAAGAGCAGAGACUUGGGAUUCGUAUCUCUUUGUCUCAUGAGAAGGAGCCUCUUGGAACAGCGGGACCCCUGGCGUUGGCUCGAGAGCUGCUGAACAUCGACAACGAGCCAUUCUUCGUCCUCAACUCGGACGUCAUCUGUGAUUUUCCCUUCAAAGAUCUGCUGCAGUUUCACCGCAACCACGGCAAGGAGGGAACCAUCGUGGUGACGCGGGUGGAGGAGCCCUCGAAGUACGGCGUGGUGGUGUUUGAGACGGAGAGCGGCAGGAUCCACCGCUUCGUUGAGAAACCGCAGGUCUUCGUCUCCAACAAGAUCAACGCCGGCAUUUACAUCUUCAAUCCCAGCAUGCUCAGCAGGAUCCAGCUGAGACCAACAUCCAUAGAGAAAGAGAUAUUUCCCGUCAUGGCAGAAGAGGGACAUCUGUAUGCGAUGGAGCUACAGGGUUUCUGGAUGGACAUCGGUCAGCCUAAAGACUUCCUGACAGGGAUGUGUAUGUACCUUCAGUCAGUGCGGCAACACGCCCCAGAGAGGCUACGCACUGGACCCGGUUUCCUCGGCAACGUUGUGGUGGACCCGACGGCUCAGAUCGGGGAGAACUGCACCAUCGGCCCGAACGUGACCAUCGGUGCCGGCGUGGUCGUUGAGGACGGGGUGAGGAUAAAACGCUGCACGGUGAUGAAGGGAGCGCGGGUUCGAUCGCACUCCUGGCUGGAGAGCUGCAUCGUUGGCUGGAGCUCCUCUGUCGGCCAGUGGGUUCGUAUGGAGAAUGUGACGGUGUUGGGCGAGGAUGUGAUCGUGAACGACGAGCUUUAUCUGAACGGAGCCAACGUGCUGCCUCACAAAUCCAUCAACGAGUCGGUUCCGGAGCCAAGAAUCAUCAUGUAGCAUCGGACGGAGGAGAAAAGCCCAACGCCUUUUAAUACGAACUCGAAUAACACCCAAUAUGUGCCAGAGAAAAAGAGAAAGAGAGGGAUGAACACAUGGGUGGAAGCGAGGAGAGGCAAAGGAACAAAAGAAGGGGGUUUUUUUGUUUGUUUUUUUAUUAAUUUGGACUCGUUUUAAGCCCUGCUUGGCUGCAUCUUUCAUGAAUCAGAAACGAUGGGGGUAAGGUGGCAUUUGAUGUGAUCUGGCCCAUCAGGAAGGUUUAAAAAUUGUUAAAGCUCUUACAGUACUGGAGGUAAAAAAACGUCUGAAUGUGAUGGAUGUUAUAUACGUGUGAACACUGCAUGAAUAGAGAAAAGGUGAGGGAGUGGGCUGGUUGAUUAUCACAUGGUGCUGGGGACUGAGUGUAUUUAGGGGAGGCGGGGUUAGAGAGUGACAUGAACACUGCUGUUUAGAUUCACUAUGCAUUUACAUUUUCUCUACAGCUACAGAGUAUCAGUGAAUAGACCUUUUAAAGGAUUAAACUACAUCUAUAUGUUUCUCUGUUGUAGCAGAAACUGGAGUAUUGACUGACACAGAUUUCUGAGCUGACAAACAAAAUGCAGUAUUGAUUAUAGUUAAUGCUGGAUUCAUUGAUUAAUUUUGGCCACUUGGGGGCAGCAGAACAAGCUGUAAACACAACAUCUGACUGAUUAUCACCAUAUAAAGUAUUUAAGGUGAAUAUUUUAGCAAAGAGUUGUUUCUCCAGCAGACACAGAGGACCAUUAUCAUCUCGUCUGUGUCAAUCUAAUCAUUUUUUGCAACUUUAAUCAGUUAUAGAGUAGAUGUUGAUUAUGUCUCGAUGCCUUGGUAAACUCAACAGCUUUUUCUUUUUUUCUGUUUUUUUUCUGUUUAGCAUGAGAUCCGUGCGCUUUAAUGCCAAACUGGUUACUGGUCUGUGAAAAGUGAACAAAAUGUAACAAGCUUUUUAUAAAAAGCUGCAGUUUAUGUAGAACGUUUACAGAUAUUUGAGUCACAUUGCGACUCAGACUGCACCCGGGAUAUUCUACUUAAAAAUAAUAUAUUUGUUUACCAUUUUUUUCCUUUGUUUGAAUGUUUCUGAACAUCUUGUUUCUGCCAGGUGUGGUGAGAGGAGAAACAGGUUGGAAAUUAUUUUUUUCUUUAUCACUAGUGGGGCUAAAAAUGCCCUGUGGAGACACUAGAUUUAAUGUUGUUACUUAGCUUUUAUCUUCAUCCGGUGGCUGUUUGAGGACAUUUCAGAUUUCUUAAUGCCGUCAAACUUGGCACAACUUUCAUCAGUCUCAGCUGUAAUUCAGUUAGCUACUGCUAGCAUCUUUAAAACACUGUAAUUGGAUAUUAACAUACUAAUGUUAUAAUGUAACAUUAAGCAUGUUAGCCUGCUAACUUUAGCUUAAUUUUAGCAUGUUCCCAUCCACUGCAGAGACCCAAGGGUUACAUUUCUGGCAGAGUUACAGUCGACU